AUGGCAACGACCUCUCUACAGAAAGCGAUUGAACUGGUAACAACUGCUACUGAAGAGGAUAAAGCUGGCAAAUAUGAAACGGCAAUGACCUACUACGAUCAAGCAAUAUCAUACUUCAUUCACGCCAUUAAAUAUGAGGCUCAAGGUGACAAGCAGAAGGAGACGAUCAGAUCAAAGUGUACAACAUAUUUGAAUCGGUACGAACAAAUUAAAAAGUUUCUCAAGGAGGGCAAAGACAAAAAGCCUGUGAAGGAAGGGAAAGAUUCGAAAGAUAGUGACUCUGACGAGGAUGCAGAUAAGAAGAAGUUGCAGGACAAGCUAUCGGGGGCGAUCGUAAUGGAAAAACCGAAUGUAAAAUGGAGCGAUAUCGCUGGUCUGGAAACAGCAAAAGAGGCGCUCAAGGAAGCAGUCAUCUUGCCGAUCAAAUUUCCUCAGCUUUUUACUGGUAGGCCCUUGAAUGUUCAGCAAUGUCUUUUUUUCUACUUUGCUAUUCUAUUACCAAUCGUUGCCUUUAUAAUUACUUUGAUGAAAAUACCUAAUAACGAUAUUCCCUACUCCCUGCUCUGA